AUGAUAAGUAAACAUGUGGUCUUGUUCUACUUUUUCACAUUAAUUUCUCUGGUUACUUCAGUAGAUCCUAGUUGUAAAGGUAAAAUAAAUACAAAUGAAAUCUUACGUGAACAACCACGCUUUGUUAAUUCUGUACCUAAUGGAAAACGGUUUAUUGUUGGACAAGGUUAUGAUAAAAUAAAUAUUGUUCAUGUUUAUGGUGGUACACCCUAUGAUAUGGGAUAUGCAUUUGGUCAAUUAAUGAGUGAAGAUCUUAAACAACUUGUUCCAGAAUAUUUUUCUUAUUUGGAAAAUAUGAUAGAAGAUUUGAUUAAACAAUUGCCACCACUUAUUUCAAAAUGGCUCGCUGAAUUCGGUUUACGUGGUGCUCUUGAUCUUAAUUAUGAUAUAACUCGUAAAUAUACACCACCUUGGUAUGAUGAAGAACUUCGAGGUCUUGCUGCUGGUAGUGGUGUAUCAUAUGAAGAUAUUCGUCGACUUAAUCUACUUCCAGAAUUAAUCAAAGCUGCAUGCAGUGUAUUAGGAGCAUGGGGUGAAUCUACAAUAUCAUCAACAUUACUUCAUCUUCGUUCAUUAGAUUGGGAUGAAAAAGCUCCAAUAGCUAAAUAUGCCACAGUAACAAUCUAUCAUCCAAAUGCAUCUUAUGAAGGUUAUGCUAAUCAUUUUCAUGAUUAUUAUAAACAAAAGUAUACAACAUCACAUUCUUUUGCUAAUUUUGGUUAUACUGGUCUUAUUGGAUCAAUUGGAGCUUACAAUGAAGUUUCAAUUGGUUUAGGACAAAAAGUUUGGAUUACAACAGAAUAA